GAUGAGCACACUCUCAAGUCUCAAGCUUUUUCCAACAAACCAAUUUCCCAUGUACUUGUUAUCUUAGCUUCGUGUUAUGGUUAAUAUUAUAUUAAUUUGUGAAUCUGACUUUGUUUGAAGAUUUGCUUGUUGUUACUCAUUUUUUAAUUUUAUACUAUUUUAUUUUCUCCACUUGUUAUUUUAUUUAUUUCUUUAUUGCUAGAUGCACAUGUCUCUGUGAUCCGUUGGACUAAAUUAUUGGAUAUACGGGUGAAUUAUUAGAUUCCACGGACAUCAUUAUGACAGAAGUUUUUAUUUUCAUUUUCUUAGAAGAUUCAGAUUGAAUAAAUGAUGUUUUUUCACACUAAACUAUAUGCAGCUUUAGGCUUGAAGACCUGAUACAAGUUAAUCCAAGAGUCAGCUAAAUGAGUCAAGGUUUGUCUUGUUUCAAACAUCAAGAUCUGUUGUAGCUUAAACUUUUUAACUACAAGUUUAAAAAAGAUAUUACAAAUCUCAUGCAUGGUACACCAACUUUUGGAUCUUAAUAUGCCUCUAAAGUUACAUUUUACUGCUGUUGCAAUUGCUUUGUUAUAUUCUUUUACAUCUUAUGCAGCUGAUUAUCAUGAAACCUUUAUUCAAUGCUUUAAAAGUUAUUCUAAUUAUAACUCCACUUCAAUCUCUAAGGUUGUGUUCACCCAAACACACUCCUCACACUCAUCUAUACUCCGGUUUUCGGUUCAAAACCUUAGAUUUGCAUCCAACACAACUACAAAACCUCUUGUCAUUGUAACACCUCGUGAAGUUCUAGAAAUUCAAGCUACUGUAAUCUGUUCCCAACGCCAUGACAUGGAGAUUCGAAUCCGAAGGGGCGGCCAUGACUAUGAAGGUCUGUCCUAUGUUUCUAAAUUUCCGUUCGUUGUUAUUGAUCUAAUAAACCUUCGAGAAAUCCAAAUCGACUUAGAAAAUAGCAAUGCGUGGGUUCAAGGAGGGGCAACGGUCGGCGAACUUUUGUACAAAAUAAGCCAAGAGAGCAAAACUCUCGGCUUCCCUGCAGGUGUUUGUCCUACUGUUGGAGUUAGCGGACUCAUCAGCGGCGGUGGCUAUGGUUUCCUGAUGCGUAAACAUGGUCUUUCCGCCGAUAAUAUACUUGACGCUCACAUAAUUGAUGUGAAUGGUAGAGUUCUUGACAGAGAAUCAAUGGGUGAGGAUCUGUUUUGGGCUAUUAGAGGCGGUGGAGGAGCAAGCUUCGGAGUUAUCGUAGCAUGGAAGAUAAAACUUGUUCAUGUUCCAUCCACUGUGACAUUGUUCAAUGUUCCAAGGACACUGGAACAAAAUGGAACCAUACUUAUUCGUAAGUGGCAGUUAGUGGCAAAUAAGCUUGAUAAAGACCUAAACAUUAGGAUCAUUUUGGAAAGGGCAAAUUCAAGAACUCAAACAAUAAAAGUCACAUUUGAAUCCUUGUUUCUUGGAGGUGUAGAUAGACUCAUUCUUCUGAUGGAAGAGAAUUUUCCGGAGCUUGGUUUGGUUAGAGAAGAUUGUACUGAGAUGAGUUGGAUUGAAUCAGUUCACUACCUUGCUGGUUUUACAAAGAAUCAACCUCUUGAAGUUUUGUUGAAUAGAACUCAUGAUGGUGUGUUGUUUUUCAAGGCAAAAUCUGAUUAUGUUAGAGAUCCAAUUCCUGAUAUUGGAUUUGAGGGGUUAUGGCCAAUGUUUUAUGAAGACGAGGCGAAAAAGGCGGUGUUAAUAUUCACUCCUUAUGGUGGCAGAAUGGACGAGAUAUCGGAUUCGGAAAUUCCAUUUCCACAUAGAGCUGGAAACAUUUACAAAAUUCAGCACUUGGUUUUUUGGCAAGAGGAAGGUGAUGAAGUAGAAAAAAGGCACAUAAAUUGGAUGAGAAAACUUUAUAGUUAUAUGGAACCUUUUGUUUCAAAGUCUCCAAGAGUUGCAUAUGUGAAUUAUAGAGACCUUGACAUUGGAGUGAAUAGCAUUAAUGGAUACACAAGUUAUAAGAAAGCUAGUAUUUGGGGUUUAAAGUAUUUCAAGAACAACUUCAAAAGAUUGGCAAUGGUUAAGACCAAAGUUGAUCCUCUAAAUUUCUUUAGAAAUGAACAAAGCAUACCUUCUAUGCCUAGUUUUGAUAACAUAACAAUGGAUAGUAGUAUAUUGCCUUGUGUGGAAGGGGUGCAAUUAGAAUUUCCUAGAGCCGUACAUGCCAUAAUGUAAAAUAAGUUACUAUGUGGUUUCUAUUGUAUGUGUAUCUAAUUUGAGAAAUUUGAUCUUGAUGUUAACCUCAUUUAAUAAUUUUGUUUACCUAAAUACAUAUUAUUUCAUGUCUGUCUUGGAAGUUUGUUUGUGCUGAUUUCCUUAGAUGAGUUUGUUGUAACAAAUUGAA